AGGGAUAAAUUUGGAUUGACAUAAAAAGCGGCGGCCUCAUUAAUGUUAUCCUUUGCACCUCAUUUUCCCUCUUUGCUUCUGAACUGCCAUUGCUCCAUCCCACACUUCAAACAUCCCUCUUUCCCUGCUCCGGAGGCGGGAUAUUUAUAUUCAAACUUCCUUCUUUUCCUCUUUCUUCUCUCUCAAUCUCAUUCUCCCUGAAUGGAGUUACCAACCACUACUAUUGUUCUUCAUUCUUGUUCAUAUUCAUCCUUCCAUUCUCUUCCACCCAAAUUUCUCAAUCUUAAAUCACCUCUUCCUGAUUUACCUUCUCCCUUAUCCAUUACUACCACCAAUUCACUUCGCUCUUCAUUCUUCCCUUUCUUCUACAAAGAUUUGGAAAAACUUCGCAACACAUGCUUGGCUGCUGUAAAAGUCUAUGAAGCCGCAACUGAGAGUAAUGAAGUACUAAAUUCUUCUUACCAGAAGAUAGACAAAGAUUCAGUGGCUAAUUGGCUCCGACUGUGUUAUGACCUGGAAGAAGUAGGAAGGAUACACACAGUUAUCUUGAAAUGUUUUAGAGAUUCAAGUACUUAUGUUGAUAAUAAUUUGAUUUGUAGUUAUUUAAGAUUCGGUAACUUAGCUCGGGCACGUAAGGUGUUUGAUGGAAUGCUGAGAAGAGAUACAGUUUCAUGGACUGCUAUUAUUGAUGGGUAUUUAAAGUUUAACUUGGAGGAUGAAGCUUUUGAGUUAUUUUGCGGUUCAAUUAAGCACGGGGUUCGGCCGAAUAAUAAGAUGUUUGUUUGCUUCAUGAAUUUGUGUUGUAAAAGAGAGGAUAUAGCGUUGGGGAAACAAGUCCAUGCGUGUAUCUUGAAAAGUAACUGGAGGAAUUUGAUUGUUGACAGUGCAGUUGUUAAUUUUUAUUCGAAGUGUGGUAAUAUAUCAAGUGCGUUUAGAAUGUUUGAUCGUAUGGAGAAGCGAGAUGUGGUUUGUUGGACAACGAUGAUUACUGCUUGUUCCCAACAAGGGUUGGGAUACGAUGCCUUGUUAAUGUUUUCGCGGAUGCUAUGUGAUGGGUUCUUUCCUAAUGAGUAUACCGUAUGUGCUGCACUGAAGGCUUGUGGAGAAAAUAAAGCAUUGAAAUUUGGGGCGCAGCUACAUGGUGCGAUAGUAAAGAAAAUCUGCAAGAAUGAUGUUUUUAUAGGAACUUCUCUAAUUGAUAUGUAUGCGAAAUGCGGGGAGAUUGAUAGUUCUAAAAAGGUGUUUGAUAGAAUGAGGGUUAGAAAUACGGCUACAUGGACGUCGAUUAUAUCAGGGUAUGCGCGGAAUGGGUUUGGCGAAGAGGCUUUAAACAUUUUUCGAUUAAUGAAGAGGAAAAAAAUAUAUGUUAAUAAAUUGACACUUGUAUGUGUUAUGAUGGCUUGUGGUACAAUUAAAGCUUCACUAAUUGGAAGAGAGGUUCAUGCGCAUAAAAUCAAAAGUAUUGUCCAUACUAACACGUACAUAGAAAGCUCUUUGGUAUGGUUCUACUGCAAAUGUAAACAAUACUCUCAUGCUUUAAAUGUGCUCAAACAUAUGCCUUUUAGGGAUGUUGUUUCAUGGACUUCCAUUAUUUCCGGGUGUGGUAGGCUCGGGCUUGAAACCGAGGCUCUGGAGUUUUUGCGGGAAAUGAUGGAGGAAGGUGUGUCGCCUAACUCCUAUACUUACUCGGCAGCUUUGAAAGCUUGUGCGAAAUUAGAAGCUCCAAUGCAAGGAAAAUUGAUUCAUUCUAAUGCAAGCAAGAACCCUGCUAUGGCUAAUGUAUUUGUGAACAGUGCUUUAAUAUAUAUGUAUGCGAAAUGCGGAUACAUUGCGGAUGCUUUUCAAGUUUUUGACAACAUGCCAGAGAGGAAUUUGGUUUCUUGGAAAGCCAUGGUCUUGGGUUAUGCGAGGAAUGGGCAUUGUAACAAGGCCCUAAAGCUCAUGUAUAGAAUGCGAGCUGAAGGUUUUGUAGUGGAUGAUUAUAUUUUUUCGACAGUUCUUACGGCGUGUGGAUGCAUCGAUUGUGGAGACAUUGACUGGGAUCUCGAGUCUUCUGCAAGACUGUAGACUUAGGGGAUGAACCUAAUUAGAUAUAUAUAGGAAAGAAAUGUUAUAGAAGUAAUUAAUCCAUUUCCUUUAUCAUUUGAAUCGGAGUUUAAUUGUAAUCGGUUACAUGAUUUCUGUGCAAGACUUGUUAUGAUCUUCAAGUCUUCACUUGGGUAAGCCUUACUCUUUGUGGUGUUCACUAUCAUAUUAUUAACAACAUGAUUCUGAAAUACCCUUUGGUUAUUCUGUUCUGUCAUGAUCUAGAGUAAGACACAAUUUACCAGCAGUUGGAUUUAUGCCCUCUGGUUGCACAAAUGGCAGAUACAGUUUAUGCUUGGAAUUCAACUUUAAACUGGCAUAUGAACAUUCCAAUGUAUGUUAUUGCUAUCAUUUUCUAUGAUUAGAUUUAAUGAAUAUAUCUAUAUUAGUCCUUUUAGGGGUGUGAAAGACCUAAACCGGUACUUUAAUCCAUUCUAACUCAUAAGCUUUGGGUUGGGUCUGACCUGGAAAGGCUUUGAUCCUAAACCAACCUUCAUAUUUGAGAUUUUAUCUUGACACCCUACAAGUUCAACCUUCAUAUUUGAGAUUUUAUCUUGACACCC